AUGGAUAACUCAGAUAAAGAAUCAGCUACACCACUACUCAUUACAUUAUUUAUUAUUAUAUUAAUUGUUAUUAUUUUCACUGUCAUGAUUAAGAUAUUAAUCAAUUAUUUAAAAACUCAACAUACAAUUGACCGAAGUUAUAUCAUCAAUUCAAGAAGAAUUAGUGAACCAAGAACAAUUAUAACUCAAUUUUCUACUCCUUCAUAUUUAUCUUCUUUAACAACUUCUCUCUCUUCUCAACGAUUUAAUAAUUCAUCAUCAAUUCAACUCUCUUCAACUCCUUCAACAACUAUCUUACGUCCUGAAGAAUUACCUCAAGUACAACCAGUAUAUUAUCUUGAAGAGAAUGAAGACAAAGAAAUUGAUAAUUAUUACAAUCAAGGAAAUGAUUAUAAUUCUCAAUUCCUUUCUAUGUAUUACCAGAAUUUAAAUACAUUUUCUUCUCCUAAAUCUAGUCAAGACCAUACCAUUUCAUAUUCAAUUGACCCAUUUACUCCUCAUCGUCCAUCAUAUAGUAGAAGCAGUUCUUCUCUUACAAAAACAUGUCACCGAGCCAUUACAUCAAUGAGUAUUUCUCCAUCAACUUCUGAAUUUAUCAAUUGA